ACCUUCAGCUGAUUAAAAAAUAUACAUUGAAGCCAUGAGUUGCAGCUUUAAUUCUGAAAAGCCUGGACCUUCCGCCAGUUUAUCAAUGAGGAUUUUACUUUGAAGGUCCAAAGCGGAAGUUGAACUCAAGAUGCGCUGACUUGACGUAGUUGGCACUGUGGGGCGAAGUAAGGCGCUGUCUGUGGGUCCUGAGGCAGAGGGAGCAUCCCGGAGUGGACAGUGGGGAGCGCUUCUCCCACUUCACGUGUUUUCUCUGCUGCGCUUCCAGCUGUGGACUGUGAAAACAUCCCGAGUGUCACAUUCCACCCUGUGGGCAGCCUGGGCGAGCGGAACACCUGACUUUACUGCGUCUUAGGAUUUGUUUUUCCCAGCGGCUUGGAUCUUGGCAGAGCAGAUGUCCUGGAGGACUGCAGCCACUGAUGUCCACUGGUGUCCACUGAUGUCCUGCUUGUUGCUCAUGUAGUGCUGGACAGGGAGAGGAGGACAAGUUAGAGUGUCGCUCCUGAAGGCGGUGAGCUCCAAAUGCAUUGGCUCCUGGGCCGGGAGAAGAAAGAAGGUCUGGGUCUGUCCUCGGGUUCUCUGCCCCCAGCCGCUGCCACCAUGUUCAGCUGCGUGGGCUGCUUCUGGGUGCUCCUGUCCUCCGCCCUGGUGGCGGUCUGCAGCUUCAGCUUCAUCUCCCCCGCCUGGAUCGUUAAGGAGCAGCUGAGGAGCGGCCAGCAGCAGCAGCAGCAUCAGCACCACAGCUCCCAGGACUCUGUGAGCUUCGGCUUGCUGUGGCACUGCUCCGAGUCUCUGGAUCACAUGUACCGGUGCUACACCUUCGGUGGGCUGGGCAAGUUUGCAGAGAUCCCCUCCAGCUCCUGGCAGACCAGCGCCGUCCUUUGUUCAGGAGGAUGCGCCCUGCUGGCGGUCAGCUCCCUAUUGGCCAUCAUCACCAUCUUCCUGCCAGGCGGAGGCUGCGAGAGGAGGAUCUGCACCCUGGCUGGGUACAUGCAGAUGGCAUCGGUGUUCAUCAUGGCUACUGGUCUGCUGGUGUACCCUUUCGGCCUUAACUCCUCACUGGUUCGAUCUUUCUGCGGAGACGCUGACAUCUACUACGCCGGCGAGUGCCAGAUCGGCUGGGGCUACAUGCUGGCUAUCGUUGGAGUCAUGCUCACCGUCUUCUUGCCCUUCUUUGCCAAAUAUGCACCGAAGGAGCAGCUGUCCCCCACCCCUCUGCCCACUCUGUUAUAGUUCAGCCUUGUUUUUUUUCUCUCUUUAACUCUUGACCACUUUGUACGAUCAGGACCUAAAGUCCUGAAAAGCUCCUGAGGAAGCCCCACUCAGCCAUAACUGCAGCUGAAAAUACAGAAGAAAAAAAAUCCAAAAGCCGUCUUCCUGCAUCUGUAAAGUUAUUCUUUUUUUUUAAUGUUUAAUUAACAAAAAAAGUCCAACCUCUAAAAUGUGAACUUGGUUUUAUGUUUCUGUGAAGACAUGUUGCAUCCAAAUGGAAGCAUGAUGCUACAUGGCUCCGGGGUUUCAGCGCCAUUUCUGUUCAGUGCAAGUUUUUUGUGUAUAAGAAAGCUUGAUAAAGAGGCAAUAAGGACAGUUUGAGAAUUGAAGUACAUUUGAAGGAUGCAGACGGACGUAUCUGAACUUUAAAUGAGUCGUCUCUAAAAUAAAUUGGUCAGUGUUGAUAAAUAAACAUGUGGGAACUUUGAAGUGCUAAACAAUUCUUUAAAAAAGGACUUAGAAGGAUAUUUCCCUUCAGAUGCUUCUUUUUCUUUUCGCCUGACAGAGAACUAAUGGAAGUCAGGACAAUGUUCAGCUUUCAGAGACUGAAUCCAAGGAAAGGACACAGAGACGCAGCGUCAACGCCGCAGAAAGGACAAUUUCAAAACCAGCCUCCUUUCCUAUGAGGAGGUAAAAAAGAUGUUUGUUUCAGUGCAGUGUUGUUAUAAAAGGAAAAAAAUCUAAAAAAAAAAAUGUUGAAGACACUGCUUGUUUUUGUCAACCUUUUCCCCAGAUUUGUUCGUGUGACGUAGUUAGCUUGUGUUCUCUGCCCUCAACACCCGAUACUAAACUUCAAUUCAGGAAAUAAAAAUGUUGCAAAAUGCCAGGAGGUGUAGGGAGGGUUUCUAAAACUGCAUGGAAAGAUGGGUUCUGUUAACGGUGGAACUGAUCUAGAUUUUAAAUGUGAUCUGACCAAAUUGUGCCUUUUAACGCAACAAAGACAAGUUUCAUACAGUUAUCAGGUCUCUCUCUAAUGAAAGCAGAGGAAUCUGUUGUGCGAUGUGAUGUGUUUUUCUCCUCUAUUUUUCCUCCUAGUGGUAAAGUGUUUUUUUAUGUACUUCAUGCAGUGUGAUCUCAGUAAUGUUUGGGAGGGAAAAGACGUCUAUGAAGAUAUUAGCGAAGAUAAUAGCCAAGAGGAAUGCAACACACUUUUUUUUCAUCAUCCUCUGAAACGCUUCUGCAGAUUAUCCAAAAGAGGUGAAUCACUCCAAGUGCUUCAUUAGGAGGUGAUAAUGCUCACAUCCUUUCUCUGCAUCGUUUUUAUUGAAUUUCAUGUAGAAAUAGACGGGAUUUAAAAAGCAUUUCUAGUACAUGAUAACAUUUAAUGUAAAAAAGGGUCCACCAACAAGCUGAUGAGUUUUAGAUCAGUGGUAACUAUAAGACGGCAUGGUAGGAGUGAACUAAAUAAAUAAAUGGCAAAAUCUGUGAGGUAACCAGAAAAAUAAAUGAUAGAAAUGUUGAACUGUCUAACACAGGAAGAAACUUUAAAUAUUGCAAUAUGGUUUACAGCAGUUGACUUUUUUGUUAAACUGUCAAAAAUAUUGUUUGGAGGGGGGUGGGAAAUUUUUCUUUUAAAUCAAAUGGGGGCCCAGCAAAGUGAUCUGGUUCACUGCCAGGACCAUCAAGCCUAAACUCAGUUUUUAGUCAGGGUUUAGCAAACUAAAUGUUAAAUAACUCCAAAGUAUGCUUAAAUCUUUGAAAGAAAUCAUAUUGCAAUGCUGGUAAUGUACUGGACCUCCAACUGGACUCAUCCCCAUAUUUGUUGGAAAGCUACGUGUAGUUUCAGCACUGGUAAAAAAAAAACAGUUUUUUUGUUGAGAAAAUGUCUUUUUUUCAUUGUGGUAUUUUACUGUAAAUAAACUAACUGUUGUUGGUAUCACAUUAUUCCUAACUGCCCCUUUUUUGGAUUAUACUUUUUCAAUAAACUGAUUUGUGUUAGCUUUAACCAAAUUGCUCUUCUGGUUGUUUUGUGGCAUUCCUUUGUAAUAA